ACUACGGAGCUACGAAAGGGUUUGAACAAGGAUAUACGGGAUUAAUGUAAGAUUAAGAAUAGCGUGUGAAGAUCAUUCUUAAGAAAAGAAAAACCAGAAGCCAGCGUUUUAAAGCACUGGGAGACUGCUAAAGGAUUGGAUGCAAACAAUCGCUUUGCCAACAUGGAGAAGAUGGAGAAAUUUCACCCAAACAGGCAAGUCAUGGCUUUUAUGUUUAUGCUGGUUUUGGUUCAGGUUUGGAGUGAGCCUACAAUUCGAUACUCUAUCAUGGAGGAAAUAGAAAGCGGCUCCUUUGUAGCCCAUCUGGCUAAGGACCUGGGUCUGAGAUCUGGGGACCUGACAGCCCGGUCUGCACGGGUGGUGUCUGAUGAUUACAAGCAGCGAUUGCUGCUGGAUCCCGAGACUGGAGAUCUGCUUCUGAGGGAGAAACUAGACCGGGAAGAGCUCUGUGCCUCUGUGGACCCCUGUGUGCUGCAUUUCCAGGUGUCUCUUGAAAAGCCAGUGCAGUAUUUUCAAGGAGAAUUACUGAUCCAGGACAUAAAUGACCACUCACCAGAAUUCCCAGAUAGGGAAAUGCUUUUGAAAUUACCAGAAAACAGCCAGCCAGGCACUCUGUUACCACUGAAUUUAGCUCAUGAUUUGGAUGUGGGCAGCAAUGGGCUUCAACAGUACACAGUCAACCCCAACUCUCAUUUUCAUGUCCUCACUCGAAAUAAUAGUGAAGGCAAGAAAUACCCAGAAUUGGUGCAGGACAGAGCCCUGGACAGAGAGGAGCAGGCAGAGCUGAGCUUGACCCUCACAGCUCUGGAUGGGGGCUCUCCACCUAGGUCAGGAACAGCCAUGGUUCGAAUCCUGAUCCUGGACAUCAAUGACAAUGCCCCCGAAUUUGUGAAGACUCCCUAUGAGGUGCAGGUCUUGGAGAGCAGCCCCCCAGACUCCCCGGUCCUGACUGUCCUAGCACGGGAUGCAGAUGCUGGCAACUUUGGGAGAGUUUCCUAUGGCUUGUUCCAAGCAUCAGAUGAAGUUCAACAGACUUUCUCAAUAAACGAAAUCACAGGAGAAAUACGACUGAAAAGAGCACUGGAUUUUGAGAAAAUAAAAUCUUACCAUGUGAAAAUCGAGGCCACGGAUGGAGGAGGCCUUUCUGGGAAGGGCGCUGUGCUGAUAGAGGUGGUGGAUGUGAACGACAAUGCCCCAGAGCUGACCAUAUCUUCACUGAGCAGCUCAGUCCCAGAAAAUGCUCCUGAGACCAUAAUCAGCAUCUUCAGAGUUGGAGACAGGGAUUCUGGAGAGAAUGGAAAGGUAGUUUGUUCUAUUCCGGAAACCCUGCCAUUCAUCCUCAAAUCCACUUUCAAGAAUUUCUACACCCUGGUGACAGAGAGUCCUCUGGACAGAGAGAGCAGAGCUGAGUACAACAUCACCAUCACAGUCAGCGACAUGGGCACACCCAGGCUCACAACCCAGCACACCAUAUCGGUGCAGGUGUCUGACGUCAAUGACAACGCCCCCACCUUCACACAAAGCUCCUACACCCUGUUUGUCCAGGAGAACAACAGCCCCGCCCUGCACAUAGGCACCAUCAGCGCCACAGACUCAGACUCAGGUUCCAAUGCCCACAUCAUCUACUCGUUGCUGCCCACUCACGACUCGCAGCUGCACAUCACCUCCCUGGUCUCCAUCAAUGCCGAAAAUGGUCAGCUGUUCGCUCUCAGGGCGCUGGACUAUGAGACCCUGCAUACCUUCGAGUUCCACGUGGGCGCCACAGACCAAGGCUCUCCCGCGCUCAGUAGCCAGGCGCUAGUGCGCGUGCAGGUGCUGGACGCCAACGACAAUGCGCCCUUCGUGCUCUACCCGCUGCAGAACGCCUCUGCGCCCUUCACAGAACUGUUGCCCAGGGCAGCGGAGCCAGGCUACCUGAUCACCAAGGUGGUGGCAGUGGAUCGCGACUCUGGCCAGAACGCCUGGCUGUCGUUCCAACUGCUGAAGGCCACGGAGCCAGGACUGUUCAGCGUGUGGGCUCACAAUGGCGAGGUGCGCACCUCCAGGCUGCUGAGUGAGCGCGAUGCGCCCAAGCACAGGCUGCUGCUGCUGGUCAAGGACAAUGGCGAUCCUCCGCGGUCUGCCAGUGUCACUCUGCAUGUGCUGCUGGUGGAUGGCUUCUCUCAACCCUACUUGCCACUACCGGACGUGGCACGCGACCCCGAGCACGACAAUGAGGACUUGCUCACGCUGUACCUGGUCAUUGCCUUGGCGUCUGUGUCUUCGCUCUUCCUCUUGUCUGUGCUGCUGUUUGUGGGUGUGAGACUGUGCAGGAGGGCCCGGGCAUCCUCUCUGGCUGGUUGCUCUGCUCCUGAGAGACACUUUCCUGGACACCUGGUGGAUGUCAGCGGAGCAGGAACCUUGUCCCAGAGCUACCAAUAUGAGGUGUGUCUGACUGGGGAUUCUGGGACUGGUGAGUUCAAAUUUCUCAAUCCCAUGAUCCCUGAGCUAUUGGUUCAGGAUUCUGGGAGAGAACUUAAGGAAAAUCUCCAUGGCAGGGAGAGCUUUGUUUUCAGCUAA